AUGAUAUCAGAAUCGUUGUAUAUAGAAAUGAUGAAGAAUUGCUCGAAAUGGAACAGUCGGGUAGAAACAGAACGAAAAGGUCGAUAUACGGUAUUAGAUCCUCAAACUGGUAUAGCACAGCACCCAUCACAUCAUGCCAUUUAUGAACUAUCUAAUCGAUAUCCACCAUCAAAUCCUUCUCAGUAUUGCACAUAUGGUAGCAGGCGUUGGAAGAAAAGGAAGUCAGCGCCAACAUCAGAUGCAACUGAAAUGAAAUAUAUAUUAGAAUGUAAUCCAACAAUUAGCGAUGUGAUAAAUCAAGCUAGUUCAGCCGGCCAGGAUCCGACUGAUUUUCAAUCACUGACAGCGAUGGCGAAUUCAUCAUUAGAAAAUCAUUUCACUGAAAAAAGAAAAGUCUAUGUUAUAAAAGAACCAGGAGUAGACAUGGAAGUGGAGGAAGCAAGCGAAGAAGAUCCUGGAGGGAGUCGGGGUGGACGCAAAAAUGCGACAACCUUAUCUGUGAAUAUACCGCCAACGCAGGGAUUUACACCAGAUCCCAAACCUUUUUCAUGUAAUUUAUGCGGUGCCAAAUAUAAAAGUCGUCCGGGUUUAAACUAUCAUCGAGCUCAUGUGCAUGCAGAUAAUGUCAGUCCAUCAACAACGCCCCAACCAGCACAUCGUAUUGAUUGA